AUCUCCAUAAAAUGUAUAUGAUACUUUUGUUGUUGUGUCAAUCCUGAUUCAUCUUAGUACAUCACUACUUCCGCCUUCUUAUGAUUUUAACACAAUGUUUAGGUAUUGUGUGAUAAAUCUUAUUAUUUCUUGCAUUAUUUCAUCCUUACUUUCUGCGAUCACAGGACCUGGUGACGGAGUUUGUCCAAAAACUGUUACGACUACAGUGAAAAAUAAAACAAAAACAACGACUAAUUACUUAUGUUGUACAGGAUAUACAGAAUCUACACCAGGAAAAUGUAUAGCAUGCACCAACAGCAAAUUUGGAGAAAACUGUGGUAAGACUUGUAGCUGUGUCACAGGAAAUACUGAAAAUUGUAACCAUGUUAAUGGAUCAUGUACAUGUAAAAUUGGAUGGGAAGGAACUACAUGCAGUCAAAAAUGUUCAAAUUGGAAAUAUGGUGAACGAUGUUCAAAAUCCUGUACAUGUAAUCGUCUAAACACAGCAAACUGCCGGAAUACUGAUGGUUUUUGUACAUGUAAACCAGGUUACAUUGGAAAAAGUUGCCAGACUGUAUGCCAGAAAUGGAAAUUCGGACAAAAUUGUCAAAACAAUUGCAACUGUCAACAGGAUACGACAUCGUCAUGUCAAAAUACAGACGGGGCAUGUAUUUGUAUCCCUGGUUACCAAGGAUCUAAAUGCGAAUCUAAGUGUCCUGAAGGAAAAUAUGGUUUAAAAUGUUCUAUGAACUGUCCAUGUUCGAAACUGGGGACUAGAACAUGCAAUCAUAUAACUGGAGCAUGUACUUGUAAGCCUGGGUUUAUUGGAAACUCUUGUAAAAAGAUAUGCCUAAAUAUGAAAUUCGGAAACAACUGCUCACAGAACUGCCAAUGUGUAGAAGAUAAUACAGAAAACUGUAAACAUACAAAUGGAACAUGUCUUUGUAAAAUAGGAUACAUCGGAAAACGAUGUGAAAAUGUGUGUCCUGAUAGGACGUUUGGUAAUAACUGUUCCAGAACAUGUUUGUGUCCCGGAAAUGCCUUUGAUGUAUGUGAUGCUGUUAACGGAGACUGUAUUUGUAAACCAGGAUGGACCGGAACCACUUGUAAUGAAGUUUGUAAACCUGGAACCUUUGGAAGUUAUUGCUUUGGGAGAUGUAAAGACUGUGAUACGUGUAAUAUCCAGACAGGAGAGUGUUCCGCAAUAAAAACAGGUAGUCUGGUGGCCAUUGUUAUUCUUGCUGUUUUGUUAGCCAUUGUAGCUGUUGUUUUUGUAUUUUAUGUUGUACGGGUGAAAAGAGGAACUGGAACAUCGGGUCUUUCCAACAAAAACAAAUUGAUAAAGCCCGAAUCAAAAAAGAAACCUACUAAGUCCGUGAGUGAACCAAUGUCACCAUCGUUAUACUAUAACACAACAGAUCUAACCUACGAAAACGCAAAGCCUGUGGUGAAAACUAAACCAAAUCUAAAUGCGUAUGAAUCAAUGCAACCACAGUCUGAAUACGAGAAUUUUGAAAUUUCUGAAAAAAAGCCUAAAGACAAGGAUAAUAUGCCAGAAGACAAAUAUGAAUCCCUUCAAGACAGACAAGAUCAUGCAUAUGAAUCAUUCACUAAGAAUGAGGAACAACACAAUUAUUCAUUUCUUGGCGACAAAAAAUGAAAUUUAUGUAUUUGUGUCACAUUCGCCAUUAUUUCUUUUUAUGCUGGUGGACUCAUAAUGACAUCCUUUUCGUAAAAGGUGCAAUGAAAAUACCAAUGUUAUGUCAUUGGAUUGAAAACCAGUUUGAUGUGUUCUUGCAUUAUAUUGAAAUGGUUGUUUUCGUGUGAUGAACACACUUUGGCUUAUGGCAAGCGGAAAAGUCCCUUCUCAAAAAUAAGCAAUUCUUAAUCAACAUAGUGUAUUGAUCAUGCUGAAAUUCUAUUGAAAUCAGUGAUUAGAUAGUGAUUUUCACAUGUGUUAAGCAUAUCACAUGUUUGUGAAAUAUAACUUAUAUAUAACAGAUAUUGCAUCAUGCUUUUGUAUUCAGUCAUUUAACAAGUACAAGCUUUUCUUUAAAGUUUAUCUGAUAAGCGAUAUUAUUGAAAGAAUGAGCUAAUUGUGUUUUAUAAUAAGAAAUUUAUUUUUUGUCAAUUGGUCCUUUUUCCAAAACAACAUUAAACAUAAUUUUGGAAAGGUGAGUCAUAUAAUAUUUGUUCUCAUCCACUCAAUUUUUGGUAAAGAAAAUAUUUAUUUUGUUAUCAAUAAAUUAAAACAUAAAUAAAUUUGUAUUCCUAUGCAGUUAUUAACACUUACUGAUCUACAAACUGUCGAUACUUAUAUUUUGGCAUUUAUUGAUAUUUCGUCUUGGAUAUAGGAUUCUUUUGUUAGUUGUUAUUGACUUUGAACUAGUUUUCAGUAAUUGCGAAGACGCUCAUAUCGGUUCUUUUUGUCUUAAGUAUUUCUGUCAGUUGUUUUUGUGCUUUAUAUUUAUCUAAUGAAUCUUAUGUUGUGCUCUUACACCACUAUCUCAGGUUAGGGGAGGGUUGGACGCCCCAAAAAAAUGUUUAACCCCGCCACAUUCUGUAUGUGCAUGUCCUAAGUCAGGAUCCUUUAGUUUACUUGUUGGCGUUUGUUCCUGUAUAUCAUAUGUGUUUUUGUGUAUUGCUUGUACAUAAAUCAGGUCGUCAUUUUUUUUCUCGUUUAAAUUGGUUUUUUUUUUUUCAUUUAUCAUGUUAGGAUCUUUUAUAUCUUGCUUUGCGAUAUAUAUGAUUUUUUUCUCAUUCUUGAAUGCCGUACGGUGACCCAUAAUUGUUAGCUUCUACUUCAUUUGGUCCCUGGUGGAAAGUUGUCUCAUUGGCAAUCUUACCACACUUUUAUUUGGUCCCUUGUGGAAAGUUGUCUCAUUGGCAAUGAUACCACACUUUCUUGUUUUUAUGCAAAAAAAAAAAGCAUUUAUAUAGGUUCAUAAUGUCCAAUGAGAUCUCCUGAAGCCUAAAACAAUGCACAGUUGUAUAGUAAUAACCUUUUUUUGUUGUCGAGUAUAUAAAGCAUGCAUUAAGUCAUUUGGUCACUGAUGGGUAGUUGUCUCAUUGGCAAUCAUACCGCAUCUCCUUAUUUUUUUUAUUUAGAUAUAUCUUAUGCACAAAUCACAUUUUUAUAAAAAUCAGCAUAAGAGUGUGUAAAUAUAUAAGAGAGACAUAAAGAGAGUUUAAAAGGUGAAAAGGAUGAAUUUUUAAAGAGUUAGAGAUAGAGAAAGAGAGUGACGUAAUAGAAGAAGAGAGUAUUAAUGUGUAAAGAGGGAUACUGAAGAACGAGUGCAAUGAGUUAAACAGGGAGAGAGAGAGAGAGAGAGAGAGAGAGAGAGAGAGAGAUUGAAGAGAAUGUAAAAGGCAAAGAAAAUGAAUGAGUAAGACAAGAGAGAGAGAGAGAGAGAGUGAUGAGAGGGAAAAGAGGGACUACUAUGUAAAGAGGAUAGAGACAUAACGAGUGUAAUGAGUUAAUUUAGAAAAAGAAGAGAAUGUAAAAGAUGAAGAAGAUGGAUUGCAAAGAGUUUGAAAGAGACCGUGAGAAAGGGAGUGUCAAAGAGUUUGAGAGAGGGAGACAAAAAUAUUAUCUAAUCUAAGUUUAAGAAUCAUAAUUAUGAAUAACUAUUUCUAUGUUACUCUGAGUAGAUAUGGGACAGAUGGAGAUAGAUAAAGUGAGUAACAACCCUGAUUAUAUAUCGUUCAAAACACGUUUCCAUAUAAAUGCUGUCACCUUUAUUAGCUCACCUUUCCAAAGGAAAUGUGAGCUUUUGCCAUCACUUGGCGUCCGUCAUCGUCCGUCAUCGUCUGUCGUCGUCCGUCAUCGUCCGUCCGGUGUAAACUAUUUCAAACAUCUUCUCUACUGAAACUACUGAACCAAUUCCAACCAAACUUAAGCUGAAUGAUUCUUAGGGUAUCUAGAAUAAAAUUUGUGUUUUAUUUUUUCUGUUUCUUUAAAAAAAACAUGGCCGCCAUGGCUAAAAAUAGAACAUAGGGGUAAAACGCAGUUUUUGGCUUAUAUCUCAAAAACUAAAGCAUUUAGAGCAAAUCUGACAGGUAAAAAUGCUCAUUAGGUCCAGUUUUAUCAGCCCUGAAAUUUUCAGAUGAAUUUAACAACCCAUUGUUUGGUAGCUGCCACUAAAUUGGUAAUUUUUAGGAAAUUUUGCAGUUUUUGGUUAUUAUCUUGAAUAUUAUUAUAGAUAAAGAUAAACUGUAAACAGCAAAAAUGUUCAGCAAAGUAAGAUCUACAAAUAAGUUUAUUGCCCUUUAAAGAUAAUUUUUCACAGUUUGUUCAUCUAGUUUGCUUACUUUAAAAAAUCUUCUCCUUUGAAACUGCUGAAUCAAUUUCAGCCAAACUUGGGCUUAAUGAGUUUCAGAGUAUCUAGUAUAAAUUUUGUAUUUUACUUCCUUGUACGUCUAGAAACAUAGCCACUAUGGCACAUAGGGGUAAAAUGCAUUUUUUUGCUUUUGAAGAAAAUAUGACAGAUACAAAGAACAUUAAUGCUUUAAAUGGCAUUUUUAAGCCCCUCAUUACAAUAUAUUGAAAAGUAAAAAUAAUCAUUGAUGAAAGAUUUAAGCAAAAAAUUACAGGUGAGCGAUUCAGGCUCUUGAGAGCCUCUUGUUGAUAUUACUUUGCUUAUUCCUCCGAUGUAAUAUACUUUCAUAAUUAAAAUAACUGGUACAAGUUAUAUGAACACAUUCAAAAAGCAAAUGUUCAUAAUGUAUAUAUCAUUGUUUUGUUAGACUCUUUUAUUUUUCUGCCAUUCCCAAUUGUUGUUGUUCAAAUGUUCUCAUAUAUAUUUAUGUAAGCCUGGAAUAAAUCUAUGUCUUAAUUUUUAUAAAAUGGCUUCCUUCUUCACAGACUCGGUGACUGAUUCAUGUGUGCUGCAGACGACACUGAUCUCGAAAACUUUGUAAAAAAGUAUGUGCUUUGGACAAAUCAAGGGUUAAACAAAAUACUUACUAAGACUCCUGAAACAUUUCUAUCAUAUUGACUGUCCAAAUUUCUCUAGUCUAUUUACAAUACUAAAUUAUACUAAUUUAUAUAAUGGUCUUUCGAUAAAUAUUGUUGUAAUUAAAAUCCCUGCGAUUUUUAUGGUUAUAUCAUUGACAAUCCGAAAACAUUCAGUAUUCCGUUGUCAUAAGUUGAUCACAGGAAUAUAAAAUUCAACAAAAAAAAACAUAGUGUAAGCGUAAACAGCUUUACAAGUAAUCGACAAAAGUAAUGUUCUGUCCUUAUCCAAAAAGAAUGUAAAUCAUAUUUUUUUUGUCUUCAGUUGUUGUGACAUGAUUUCUAGAUGGACGGGAAUUGUCGUUUAAAUUUUUACAGGCGUCGUCACGUGAUUGACAUCAAAAUAUGACAAGACUUAGUGAUCAAAGACGGCAUUUUUCAGUAUUCUCUGAAAAAUAUGGCACGGUAACACAUACCGUUUAUGCGGUUACGUUUUUAAUUUCAAAAUGUACAAUGAAAUACAUGUAUAAAAAACCAAUACCAAAAUCUAGCAAAACGGUUCAACAAAUUUACAUUUUUGGCAUGUUUUUCGAUAUUUAAAUUACGUUUAGAAAUAAAAUAAUUAUGCUUCUGAGAUGUAUUUUUUAAUUUUAUUUUAUGCAUUCAUUAGUAGUUUAAAAUAUCGUAUGUACAAUAUACCAGUUAGGGAGCUACCAUUUGAUUUUUACGGGGAGGGGGGGCUAGGAUGAAAAAUGUUGUCCUGCUUUUUUUUAGUUGUAAUCUUUGUCCUGCCUUUUUAUUUUCCACUCUAUUCGGUCCUGCCUUUUUUUUUCAUUAGUUUAUCCUGAUUUUUUUUGCAUAAAUUGUCAUCCUGCUCUUUGUUUUACCAAGUUGCUCAUCCUGCUCUUUUUUUUUACUCAAAAUUCCUGUCCUGCCUUUUUUCAAAUUUCAUCCCAGCCCCCUAUUUAAUAAAAUAUAUAAUAAAAGUAAAGGUCACCAUGCUCGUUUUAAAGCUAUGGGCUUGAAAAUUCUCAUAUUUUGGAAGGAUUUUAUACAUGGAAAAGCAUUAUUAUUUGACUAUGAAGGAAACUAAAUGAUAUAAUUGUACAAUGAUUUGUGACAAAACAGCUAGACCUGUCACUAUAAUUUGCCUUUUCUGCAUCCAAAUUUGCUAUUUUCAGUAAAAUGAUAAAUGCAUCUAUUCAUAAAUGUGGUCACCGAAUAACAUAAUGGACCAUCGGAACACUGAGGCUUUAAACUAAAGAUAAUUUGUAAUGUAGAGCGUUCAGAAUAAUAAUAGGGAACCCAGAGAAGUAUCCAAGAGGUGGUCACCCUGUCACAUGACCAUGCACCCCUUUGGUUGACAAAAAUAGUGCGCCUUGUAAAAAAUGAUGCACAAUAUAUAUCUUGAUGUAAUGUUCGGAUUAUAUUAUCAAUGUAUCUAUUACUAGUAAUAAAGUUGUCAUUAUAUAAUAAUAAACAAUUAAUUAGC